AUGAGUUUUUUCGACACUGAACUUUUUAUUGUGGAAGUCGAAAAAGAAGAGUGCCUUUGGAAAAUGAAUUCCAAAGAGUAUAUGGUGGACCGCUAUGUUAAAGCAAAAGCCUGGGCCAAAAUUGCUUCAAACAUGUAUGAUGAAUGGGAAAGUUAUAACAAAGAAGAACAAGAACUUAAGAUCGAAGAAUUAAAAAAAAAAUGGAAACACUUAAGAGAUAAUUACACCAGAGACAUAAAUGAGACAAGAAAAAUUCAGAGUGGAUCAGAAGCCAGGAAUACAAAAAGAUAUACAUAUUCUGACAUAUUAUCUUUUUUACAACCUGUUGUAAAGAAAAGAAAAACUACUGGAAAUAUUGAGACUCCGACAUGCUCUUCUGAUAAUGCGAUCUCUACAGACGAACACGGUGAUGAAGGGCAAUGUCAGUUAGAUGAGUCUGUAGCGGAAUCAGUGCACGAGGAAUGUGAUGGGUCAGUAUCGAAACAACAAAAAAGAAAAAAAGAACAGAUUACGCCUUUUCAAAAAAAUUUAUUACAUUUAAUGAAAAACCCACCCAUACAUAAACCUGAAGAUUUUGAUGCUGACAAAUCCUUUCUUUUAUCAUUUUUACCGGAUUUAAAAAAAAUGAACGAAAACCAAAAAUUAGAGCUGAAAAUACAAUUUAUGCAGUCAGUAAAAAAUAUUCUAAAUCCUUCACAGACUCUUUCUUUUGAACAUCAUAAACCAUAUCCACAUCAAUUUAAUUACUAUCAAAACGAUGGUUACUCUCCUAACUCAGCCAAUUAUAGAAAUAAUCAUCAACAAUUUCUUCCAAACUUUCAAACUGAUCUCUCUCAUUCAUAUCAUUAUUCUCAUACAUCACCUCACACAUCGCCUCAACUACAUUCCUAUCCAGGUUCUCCUAACGUUGAUGUGAAUCAUAGUAAUUUAAGUAGUCAAGAUGAAAAUUCUCACCACACUAUAUAA